AUGGGGAUGACCGAUAUCCCAUUCUUUACGUUGCAGGGCAUGCAACAUCAAUUUGAGCGGUUGAACUUGGUGUUUGGGGAAGUGAGGGAUAGGACUGAUCAGCAAGAAGCAGCGAUUAGAAAUUUACAAAGUGAAGAUUUGAGGAUGAACCUUUUUGAGGAAAAAAGGAAUGAUGAGAACCAAG